UCUUCUUCAGGUCCAAAAGGAGAGGCGGGAGCGCGCGGACGCCGAGGGAAGAAGGGCAAGGAUGGAGAAGCGGGACCUGUGGGUCCCAGCGGUCCGCCGGGCAAGAAUGGGUUCCCGGGUCCCAUCGGUCUGGACGGGCCCAAGGGAGAGCCGGGUAUCCAGGGUCAACCGGGGCCGCCAGGAGAGCCAGGACCCAAAGGUGAACCGGGAGCAGGCUACGACAUUCUCACCCGGGCCAAGGGCAUUAAAAGAUCAAUAACGAGCCUGGAGGGGGGCACAUUAGGCUAUGCAGAAAUCAUCGCCAUUAAGGGUGACCCAGGCAGCCCCGGACCACCUGGAGCCCCAGGACCCUCCGGCAAGGAUGGCCUCCCCGGCAUGGACGGCCGUGACGGCUACCCUGGAGAGCCUGGACCCCCAGGUGAACUGGGUCCUGCAGGUCCAGCAGGACCCCCAGGACCCCCGGGCCCCUUGGGACCAGCAGGGCCCCAAGGCGAGAGAGGUGACAAGGGACAAAAGGGUGACCGAGGGAUCACCACAGUCAACGGCAAAGAAAUUCCUGCCGGAAUCCUUGAAGGGCCUCCUGGACACCCUGGACCCCCCGGGCCACCUGGGCCACCAGGGGAGCAAGGGCCAGAGGGUCCCAUGGGUCCUCCUGGGUUGGAUGGGGAAGAGGGAGCCCGAGGACCACGGGGCAGGCGGGGCAAGCGGGGCAAGAGGGGGCGGCGCGGUGAGUCUGGCCGGGCGGCGGCACAGGGGCUGCCAGGGCGGGCAGGACCCAAGGGGGAGCCGGGCAACAUGGGGCCAUCAGGAGAGAAAGGGGAGAAGGGCUCCAUGGGCAUCCAAGGCUCAAAGGGUGAGCUAGGACCACGGGGACCCCCAGGAGUGGAUGGCAUCCACGGGGAGUCAGGGCCCCAGGGACCCCCAGGGUUGCCAGGAGCCCUGGGUCCCAAGGGUGAAAAGGGUGAAUAUGGCGACAUUGGACCACCGGGCCUGAUGGGACCGCCGGGCCUGCCAGGACCUCCGGGUCUGCCCGGACUCAAGGGUGACAAGGGGGACAAGGGAGACUCGAAACUGAAAAAGCUAAGAAGAAGACAAGGUGACUCCAGCAGAAUCUGGAAGGAGGUGCCGGGGGAGGUGAUCAUGGGUCCUCCAGGUCCACCAGGCCCAACAGGUGCCCCGGGCCUGCAGGGGCCACCAGGCAUCAAGGGCGGCAGAGGCAAGGAUGGCACCAAGGGAGAGCCUGGUGCCAAGGGUGACAAGGGUGACCCAGGACCCAUGGGUCUGCCCGGACCAAUGGGGCUGCGGGGCGAGACGGGCCGGGCAGGAGAGACAGGCAAGCCGGGGCCAGCGGGUGCACCAGGGCUGGACGGCAUGAAGGGUGCGCGAGGAGAGAUUGGCAGGAAGGGUGAGCGAGGGGACCCUGGACUGCCAGGCACCGACGGCAUACCAGGGGUGGAGGGUCCAAAGGGAGAGAAAGGAAUGAAGGGAGAAAGGGGGCGACGUGGCCGGCGGGGCAAGUCAGGGCCCAAGGGGGAGAUGGGAGUGCCGGGCCUGGACGCCCCGUGUCCCACCGGUGCCGACGGGCUGCCGCUCCCUGGCUGUGGCUGGCGGCCAGGACAGAGUAAGAACAUAAUCCGGCCCAUGGGCGUGGGGCUUGGCCUCGGCGUGGGAGGACCCCCCCUAGAUGUGUACCCCCUGGAGGCCCCUGCCCCCUCUGCCACCACUCCCACUCAUGAGGACUAUGAUGAAGACUAUGAGGAGGAGGAGGAGGAAGAUGCCUUGAAAUGAGGCCUGCACUAACCCACUAACUCGCGCUGCAUCUGUCUCCUCCUCUAGCUUCGAGGAGCUGUUCAGCCGCCACUAACCUCAGCCGGGUGGGUCCAGGAGCACCAGGAAUCCCCACCCCAUACUUGUUUACUCACUAGACGCUAAAGCUGAUAGAUUCUGAAAUACGUACUGUGACAAGUUGUCCACGAGGGGCCAGCAGUGUAGAGUAGCUGGUCAUGUAGUGUGUGUCCUGCCACUCUGGAUUAACGUCUUUUGUUGAAGUGAACCCAUAAACAGUUUGGGAACAGUGCCAGCAGCCACAAACAUAUUAGUGUAAAUAGUGUACAGAAGUUUCUACUGUCCUUGGUCCACAGUGACUUGUGUAUAGUGAGUUUCUCUCCCUUCUUUUGUGUUCCUCUAUGAGCUACAUCAAUAAGUCUUUAGCAGUGACUUGCAGUGUAGGAGGGACCUCGUCACUGACUCGCCAGUACAGUCAGUCUUGGUGAGCCUCUAACAAAGAGCUGCAGUGCUAACAUUGAGAGUCCAGCAAUUAUUUACCAUUGCACUAAUAUUAAGUAUUCGCUGAUGACUUGCAUUUACAACUUUAUCUCCAGUAAUGAGCGGUGGGUGCAGGACAGAAGACAGUGAAUGGAUUACCAAAUAUAAACUUCAGUUUGAUCACAUUGCCUGCACCAUGACGUUAAAAGAAUAUUUUACUACUGAACAAAACAUUGAGAAAUGUGUGGAGCUUUGUUUGGCAAAGGUUAUGUUAAAUUAGGGUUUCUGAAAUAAUUAUCCGUUGAUCAUCAAAAGUACAAGGAAAAUAUAGCAUUGAUUACUCAAAACUGCAAAUUGAUCCAUGUAAUUGUGCCAUCUGGACCUAGUGUUGCCUAGAUCACAUGUGCAAGCAACACAACUUACAUGUUCAAGCAACACAACUCACAUGUUCAAGCAACACAACUCACAUGUUCAAGCAACACAACUUACAUGUUCAAGCAACACAACUCACAUGUUCAAGCAACACAACUCACAUGUUCAAGCAACACAACUUACAUGUUCAAGCAACACAACUUACAUGUUCAAGCAACACAACUUACAUGUUCAAGCAACACAACUUACAUGUUCAAGCAACACAUGACACACCUUACAUGUUCAAGCAACACAUGACACAACUUCUGAGGUGCAACUCAAGUAUGUUGCAAAAGUUUCUGUAGUAAUAAUAAUAAUAAUAAUAGGAAUUUGAAGGUAAAACCAACCAUUGAGUGUUUUGAGCUAAAAUAUUAAAGUGACAAAAGUCUUAUUAAAAUGUCCUCACCAUCAGCUUGUCUUCAAGUAGGUAAGAUGUUCUGUAAAAUAUGGAAGUUACUUUUAAUAUCUAAUAUUUUGUGUAUUUGUGAAUUAAUUUUAUAUCAAUUUUAAUUUUUUUACCUAUAUUUUUUCAUUUUUGUUUUGUUUUUCUUGGCUGACAAAUCCUUGUGCUUGUGUUGUGUAUUGCUUCCCGCCCUGACCACCAGCCCAGUGUGCCUCUGUUCAGUCAUUCAUCUGUUAUCAGACCACAUCAGGGCCACCACACCACAGACCAGGGAAGCUAAAUUCAUACCCAAUUAAUUGUCUUACUGAAAGAAAAUGGGCAGUCUCCUUCAUUUAUAAUAGGAAAUGCAUCACAAACAUACUCUUAGACGGCGCUGAAACUUUAUAUAGACGGUCCAAAAUUCAGUCAGUCAGUUUUGUAUUGCAGAAAUAUAACAACACUUCCAGACUGUUGCGGUAGACGACAGUUAAGACACCUCUUAUGCGGCGUAAUUAUAUUUAUGCUAUGGUCUUAAGGUCGGCAGUGACUAUAUGUAGACCAUUAAUUUUGGGGGAGCUACUAUUUAAAUAUUGCCACUGCCUAAGGGUUAAGUAUUAUCUGAGGGCAAUGCUGAGUCAUGAGUUGUGGGCGAACAGACAGUGGUGGAUGAGUAUUGCCCCUCCAAAGCUCACAAAAUUACUAUAGUCUGUUCACUUAAGUCUGACCCAAGCUGACAACCUAAACCUAAGUGUGUUCGUAAGCACAGUGCAGAUUAGCAGAAAGUGCUGCGUGAGAUAAGCACAAACAGAGGUUAAAGAAAACUUGGAAGCCAUAGCAGCAGCCAAUCAGCACUCGGCUUGCAAACACGCUUAGGUUUAUGUUGUCAGCUCGGGUCGGACUUAGGUGAACAGACUUUAGUGCCACUAAUAUGUUGUUGUGUCCAGCCAAGCUCCAUUAUCCUGAAGUGUCCAAACAUUUCAGUCGUGUGUUUACUUCCAUUUGUCCCGUCCAGUUGUACAGGCCAUAGAAAUUAUUUUUUGGGGGUGUGUACACAUUCAUAGACUGAAGUAAAUAUUAUUGAUCCACUUCAAGAACUUGUAAUCUUUAGUACAUGUUCAGUCAUACCAUUCUCUAUAAGGUGAUUUCAGUAAGUCUCUAAGCAAAAUACUAAUACAGAUGGUAAGAGUGCAUUGCCAACAAUCACAAUUUGAUACUUUUGCAUAGUUUCCCAGUGAUAAUAAUUUUCAAGCUUUUUAGUAUAUUUUCCUUCUUUGAGAGUCUGGCCACCUGGCCGCCGCUCAGGGAAGUGCUGGCCUGGACCGCUGCACUCACCUUGGAACACUGCCACUGCCCGCCACACCCUCUCUUUUCCUCUUAACCUGGUAGCUGCAGCGAUCAUGUUUCUUAAAGACCCCGGCCUCUGAGCGAAUUAAUGAGAAAAAAUCAUCACUCACACAAACUAUUAUAUUAUAUGUAUCACUGCAUUUGUGAUAAUAUAUAUAUAUAUAUAUAUAUAUAUAUAUAUAUAUAUAUAU